CAGUCAUAGCGAUGUGGGCUCUUCGGGCCUUGGUGAUCAUGUUGAGCAUCCAAGCAGGAACACUUGAUCUGGUAGAAACGCCUCCAGUGGUGAGCAAUCUCCCUGUUGCUGUGCCCAAUGUGAACACCCUUCCUCUCAACCUGCCAACACCACCACACCUCAAAGGUUCCUCCAACAAGCAAGGCUCACCUAUCAAAAAGCAUCCAGCUGCCUCCAGGGGUGGCAAGUGUGCACCUGCAGCCAGAUACUUCCUCUCCAGUGGCAAACUCCAUGACUAUCUCAUGAACAAUCUGCCCCCACAGAUCGAGGACAUUGUGAAGUGUGAUGACGUUGGCUUGGCAGGAGUGCUAGGGGUACUGUUAACCACGGUGGAGAGUCCUGACCUGCUCUCACUCUUAGAUCCCAGUUCCCUCCUAAAAGGGGCAGGUGCUCUUGGACUAGAUACUGUCCUAGGCAAAGAGGGGAAUGAGCAUUCCUCAAAGCCCUCUUCAGGGUCUAAGGCCACUGGGGGUCUCAACCAGCUACUCGCAGGGGGCACUGGUGGCCUGGACAGCUUACUAAACCUCGGGGGAGGCAAGGGCUCUGGGAAAGGACUCCUGAAUGGAGAAGGGCUCUCCAGUGUCGGGAAGCCUCUGCAUGACGUGGUUGAAAAUGUAGACAACAUAAAAGACUCUGUCGAGAAGAAGAUCAAGGAAACACUCCCCAGUGACAUCAAAGAGCCAGUUUUAGAUCUACUCAAGAUGAACAUCAAAGACCUUGUACUGAAACUUAAGGUGGACCAAGUAACAGUGGACAGCACGGACAUAACCAUGGCAGCUGAUGAGAUCCAAGUCCACUCCGAAGUCACUGCCAACAUAGGUGGAGAAGGAGUACUUGGACCUGUCAUCAGCCUAAUGCAAUUUGAAUCUAACCUGGAAGUGACAAUGAAAGUGGCUAUUUCCUCCAACAACACGCAAUGUGUCAACCUUGACAUCCAAGACACCCACAUCCAGGUCAACGAAAUAAAGAUUCAGUUAAUUGAGACAGUAACAGGAACUGUGCCUCUCCCCGUGCCUCUGCCUUUGAAAGAUGUCAUCCCAAUAGUGCUCUCUGCAGAGAUGAAUGAGAAUCUGGAGAAAUCCAACUCCUGUGCGAUCGUCCUCAAGGACUUUAAUGACUGCAAGAAUGCUACUGGCUUAUUCAAGUACCAGGCUCAAGGUGCCAAGAUAUCUCACAAAGGACUUUCCAUCCCCUACUGUGUUAAAGCCAAUUUUGGCAAAAAAGCGGUGCCAGUGCCUGGAGGUCGACUGCCCCCAGAUCCCAAAAACGCCACCAUUUCUGUAACAAUGUCCAGUUCAAUGUUGAAGAUACUUUUAAUAUAUGUGGCCAAGCAGAGCUCUGUCAAGAUGAAUGACCUGGAGGCCAACAUCACCAAAGUAGCCUAUGCCUUCCAGAAAGACAAACACCUCAGAGUCUACUAUGAGGUUGCAAUAACAAAAGAUGGCCAGGACUUUGCCACUGGGAAAACGCAAUUAAUCAUUGCCCAUGGCAGCAAGAUUUCAAAAACCAAACUGGAAUCAAACAUCAAACUUACAAGUUCUGACCACAGAGUGGAGCCCCCUGAGUCUAAGGAAGAGGUAGAUGGCAUUUUGGAUGAAGUCAAGAAGAAGGCCUUUUCUGGCUUCAAUGAACUGUAUAAACAGAUGAAUAUUCCAGAAGGAGUGUCUUCAUUUGCAAUAAUGAAUGCCAAUGUCAACCCGCUGAAAUCGAGUGACCUUCAGGCAACAAACUGAAUGCACUACUGAAGCCAGGACAAGUCCAGGAAGACAGCGACAUCCUCUCUUAAUCUCCCCAUGCCACUUUGAAGCCCCAUCCUUAUGAUUAAGGAAACAGUAGCAGUAGUCCCCUCAGCAGGCUCAGGAUCCUCUGCCUUGAUUGCCAGGGCAAAGAACAACAUUUCAAGGACAUGGGCAUUGUUGUAAUCAGCUACUUAAUAAACAGGCCCUUCAUGCAAAA